AUGGACAAUGAUGACUGGUGGGCCACGUACUUCAAGGCCAAGUACGACGUUGAGAUGCACAGCACCACCGGCCUCAUCGGCGGGCCCAAUAGCUGGAACAAGGACGGCGGCGUCCUCUGCGACGUCGAGAAGGACCUCGUGAUAUGGCAGAGCCUGGGCGAGCCGCAGAGGGACGAGUCGGCGAUGUACAAGGUGGACGUGACGAACCAGUGCGCCGGCAACGGGCCCUGCGCCAUCUCGAAGAUCUUACUGCGGUGCGGCAACUUCCGGUCCCUGGUCCCCGUCGACGCCGGGCUGCUCCGCGUGGUCCGCCCCGGCGUGUGCCUCCUCAACGGCGGCCACACCGUCCGCCAGAACAGCAACUUCUCCUUCGUCUACGCCAGCUACGUGCGCCAGAACUUCCGCGUCCUCUCGGCAAGCUGCCAGUGA